CGUGAGGCGCUUUCACUGAGGCGGAGGUGAUGAUGAUGAAGAUGACGAUGAUGGUGGUAAUGAGUAGGACGAUUGUGAGGAAGAUGAGGAGAGAUCAGGGAUCUUCUGGCUGUGAGCGCGUGACGGCGCCGUCUUGCUUCCUGUCGCCGUGUGAUGACGUCAGCCGGCUCCCUGCAUUGUUUUGACUCGGAAUAUUUUUCCUCUCUAAAAUUCCUGAAAAAACCGCGCGAAAAGCACACUAAAAUCGCAAUUUUAUACCCGAUUCCAGCCUCAGAUCAAGCUACAGGUCAGAGGUCAUGGAAGAGCAGAGCGGGUCACCGGGAGCCAACACAGACAACAGCAGCCAGCGCAACGGAGAGGAGAAACCUCGCAGGAGCAGCUGGACCAAAGGCAGGAGGAGGAAGAAGCCACUGAAGGACAGCAAUGCCCCCAAAGCACCGUUAACAGGAUACGUGCGCUUCAUGAACGAGCGCCGCGAACAGCUGAGGGCGGAAAGACCGGACGUGCCUUUCCCAGAGAUCACUAGGAUGCUCGGGAAUGAGUGGAGCAAACUGCCUCCGGAAGAAAAACAGCGCUAUCUGGAUGAAGCAGACAAAGAUAAGGAGCGCUACAUGAGAGAACUGGAGCAGUAUCAGAAGACUGAAGCCUAUAAACACUUCAGCAGGAAGGUGCAAGAGAAACAAAAAGGAAAGAGACACAGAGGAGACGCUGGAAGGCAGGCGCCGGGUGAAUCGCUUCAUGAGAAGGAUCUGGAGAUAAAGGAUCGCUCCGUGUUUGAUAUUCCCAUCUUCACCGAAGAGUUUCUGAAUCACAGUAAAGCACGUGAGGCUGAACUGCGGCAGCUGAGAAAGACCAAUAUGGAGUACGAGGAGCGUAAUGCGGCUCUGCAGAAGCAUGUGGAGAGCAUGCGCUCCGCCGUGGAGCGUCUGGAAGGAGACGUGCAGCAGGAACGCACACGAAACGGCCUCCUGCAGCAGCACCUGGACACCCUGCGCUCGGCCCUCACACACAGCUUCUGUACCGUCCCCCUGCCCGGCAGCGGCGAGACGCCCACGCUCGAUUCCAUCGACUCCUACAUGAAGAAGCUCCACAGCAUCAUCCUGUCCAACCCACAGGAGAACCAGCACCUGAUCAGCACCGUCAGGGAUGUGGUCAACCGCCUCGACAGGUAAUUGAGAGGCCCCGCCCCUCGCGCAGUUAGCCCCUCCUCCUACCCUGCUACGGCUACAUUUCGUGUCAAGCAUUUAUUCAAUCAUUAUUUAUUUUUUUACGAUGCCGUUUUUAUCUGCUUGUUUUUUUAAUGUUUAUCAUUUAGCGGUUCGCAUUUGCCAUGCAUUCCUGCCACUUUAUUAAAUUUACAAAAAAUAUUAGCUUUCACCCGCAUGUGUACAUGUUAUUUUGUUUUUAAGCUCCAUUUUCUACUCGUAAUUUCUUUCGUGUCGCGUAAAGGAAGUGAAACGUUGUAUUCGUGAGAAGAGAGGCGGGUUCGUCUGUAGCUCGUGUCUUUGUGCCGGAGUUUUUUGAUUUCCUUGUAUGUUCUUCAAUAAAGCUAAUGUAUGAAGACGUC